UGACGUAACCGAAGUUCUCGUCCGUGGUGGUCACGUGACUUUUGGCGUGUGCCAUAACCGCUGGUGUCGAGUGGUCUGUAACAUCACUGGCUAACAGAUCCAAACACAAUGGAUUUUAACGUGAAGAAAUUAGCCUCUGGUGCCGGACUGUUUUUCACACGAGCUGUACAGUUCACAGAAGAGAAGCUGGGCCAGGCGGAGAAGACUGAGCUGGACGCUCAUUUUGAGAACCUGAUGAGCCGCGCAGACUGCACCAAAAACUGGACUGACAAAAUAUACAGACAGACUGAAGUCCUGCUGCAGCCCAACCCAAGUGCCAGAAUUGAGGAGUUUCUCUAUGAAAAAUUGGAGAGGAAGGCACCAUCCAGAAUUACCAAUGGAGAGCUCCUGGGUCAAUAUAUGCAGGAUGCAGCAAAGGAAUUUGGUCCAGGAACUCCGUAUGUGCGCUACAGGUGGCCCAGUAGAUUGUGCUGUACGCCACGCCGCUGGGUUCAUGAAAGCAGGGCUCUACAUGUAGGUGGAAAAUGGACCAAGUGGAAUUUUGGUUUUAGAGCCUGUGGGAGCACUUUGAUCAAGGUGGGGGAAUGUGAGAGAAGAUUAGGAGCAGCAGAGAGGGAGUUCCUCCAGACGUCAGCCAUCAGCUUUCUUACCCCCCUGAGGAAUUUUCUGGAAGGAGACUGGAAGACCAUUUCAAAAGAACGACGUCUUCUUGAGAAUCUUCGUCUGGACCUGGACGUCUGUAAAACACGUCUGAAGAAGGCUAAAUUGGCUGAGGCUAAAGCUGCGAUGGCUCCAGAUUUUCAGGAAAGCAGACCCCGCAACUAUGUGCUUUCUGUCAGUGCCUCUACGCUAUGGAUAGAGGAAGUGGAAAAAGCUGAACAUGAACUCCGAGUGGCUCAAACAGAGUUUGACCGCCAAGCAGAGAUUACAAGGCUGCUUUUGGAGGGCAUCAGUAGUACACAUGUGAAUCACCUGCGCUGUGUCCAUGAGUUUGUGGAGGCCCAAGCAGCUUACUAUAAGCAGUGUCAUCUCCACAUGCAAGAACUACAGAAAGAGUUGGGAAGGCUUCCCAAUGCUUUUGCACUGAACUCCACUCACUCCAUGGCUGCUGCUGGCUCUGCAGCAAAAGGCAUCAGCAGCCCUGUGGAGACAGAAACACUGAAGAUUGAGGAAGUUCAGGCACCAGCUACAGGAACCCGCAAGGCCAAAGUCCUUUACGAUUAUGAUGCUGCUGACUCUAGUGAGCUCUCCCUUCUAGCUGAUGAGCUCAUCACAGUUUACACAGUGCCGGGAAUGGACUCUGACUGGCUGAUUGGAGAGAGAGGAAACCAGAAAGGAAAAGUGCCUGUCACAUACCUGGAGCUUCUCAGCUAAGGAACACACAUGUAUUGAGUGGGUACUACUAAAGCCAUGAGGACAUUUCAUUCACUUAAAUUAAUUUCACAUUCUUACACUAACCUGGAACCUUCAAUAUCACUCCUCCACAGUAAGCAUUAGCAAUAGUGUUAAGUUUAACAUACACACUAAUCCAUGUGCUUUUCAAAGCAUAAAGAAGUAUAUUGACACUGACAGCAGUGAUAAUGGAGACAUUGUUACAGUGAGUGCAGGAAAAUCCCCAUGGGGGAUGGUUAACAUUCGUUCUAGAUUUGUUUGGUGACUUAUUAUGAUUGUUUUUUUUCUAUUUAUUCUGUUUUUAUUGUCUCCUAAAGCUGCCUUUGUUCAUAAAUUUAGUGCAGAAUUGUGAUGGGAACACAUUCAAGAGUUGUGAUGCCUCUAAAAUAUGAACCAACCAUGAUGGCCAGAAAUAAUUUGUGUUAUUUCCAUUUAAUUCUAUGUGAGGGUUAAAAGUGUAAGGUUGCAAUGAUCUGUCUCUAAAUGAAGAAAUAUUUGAGGAGUUUGUCUCGAGAAGGCAGCCAUAUGGAUAAAACAAACAUGAAAUAACAACGCCUCCUUGAUUCUCCCGGUUUAAAGGGUGAUGAGUCUUAUCCUUAAGUUAAGUCAAUUAAGUACAGUUCAUCUCUGUAUGACAGACACUCUUUCUGUAUGUCCUGUUCUGCUGGACAUGUAUGUGUGUAAUUACCAGCCAUGCACGAGGAAAACGAUUCAUGCCACUAUAUGGUUUAUUUUAAAUCCACAAGUAAAAAUGCUUCCUAGUUUUAGUGCAGAAAUGUGUUCUGUACUUCCCCUUUCUUCCAAUAUGACACGAACAGAAUUGCAUUUCUUAUGUGUUGAAUCUUUUUUUAACCUUGAUAAAAUUUUAAAUAUGAAAAACAUUAACUUACACUGAAAAACAAUAAGUAUGAAACAGCAAAUAAAGUUUUUCACAGACAGGUCAUCAUUCUUAACUGCUAAUUGAAAUGAAUGUAAUUUCUGUGUUAUUUUAAGUGACUAACAUUUUGAGGACAGUUGGAAGAAAUAUUUCUAGAAACAGUUUUGCUUGAUGAGUCAUGUCAUUCAUUUGUCUUGAUCAGACUUUCCCAUGUUUUUUGUUUUUGCUUCCCAUACCUUUCCACCUCACUGAAAAUAUCCCUUUGAACAAUAUGAAUGCAGCAAAUAAAUGUUAACACUCCCAUCCUUAACUGCCUUAUGAUGAUGGGAAAGCACUGCUAAGGUCAUCUGCUGCAAAUCAAAGAAUGUGCUCUUUACAACAAAAUGUCCAGAGACUUAAUGUACACCACAUAUGGCAUGCAAGACUGUAACUCCUUUUAAUCCCGUGUGUGUUUGUGUGAUUUUGGUUUGCCCUGUAGUGUUUUUUGGAUUAACGGUGUUCCUCUUUCUUGCCCCUGUUAAUGCUUUAAGUGUCCUCAGUCUUAGUGCUGCAUGUGCUACAGUUAGUAGCCUGUUCUGCUGGACAUGUAUGUGUGUAUACAGGUACACAAUUUAGCUACGUCGGUUUAUGUGAGAUCUGGAACACCAGAAUGUUGGCACAAAAACUAUAAUAUAUUCUCUCUCAUGCUGUAUGUGUACAUGCAUGCACUCAUUCUUUUACUAGCCAGGUCUCAGGAGCUAUUGUGAAAUGAGCCCAAUGUUUUAAAAAUGCAUGAAGUGCAAUUGACCAAAUCAACAGCGAAUUGUAUUCUUCCUUGCAGUCAGUGAGACAAACAGGUGAGAAUGGGGUCUAAUAAUUCUGGUUGGUGGAGGAAUGUAAUCCCCAUCAUUUUCCUGCUCACUACUCCUGUGCUCAUUUCACAUGUUUUGGAUGAUUGUUUUUUUUUUUAAUACUGCUACUGUUAAUCUGUUGUACUUCAUCUUGUAUUAUUAUUUUGUCAAAAUAUAUAUUGCCUGUCCCUUAACCAUCCUGAAUGAACAAAAUGUAUAGAAUUUAAUUUUUAAAAAAAAAGGCCAAUUUAUUUGAAUUCCGUGACUUUUUCACCGCAAAAACCACCAUGGUGCAGAAGUGCCUUAAGAUACGUUUCCUCUAAAUGGCUGUAAAAUGCAACUGCAAGUGGACAAAAUAAAUAUCUUUUCCCACAAGAA